CACUUGGAGAGAUAUCUGCUGCUGUACCAGUUGCUGAUCUUUAUCUCAUUAGAUGGUCAGUUAGCUCCAUCUAGUGGACAGAUAGUAGAACUCCAUCAUCUGAUGGGGGACUUCUCUCACACUGACUGGGUGUGUGGACAGGUUGGACUGGUUCUGACGUCUCUCUGACUCUGAAGUUAUGAACUGUGACGGCGUCUUCAGAUCAAAUGCACAUCGACACCAGGACUGACGAGGGCCAAUGAGCAGCUUCUUCUCUCCCAGAGUUUCCUCGACACAUGAAGGAGGAAAGUGUCUGGAAAGUGACCUGAAGAGACUUCAGCAGGUGAGGACUCUGCUAUGAGUCAGUGUGAGGACAGAGAGGAGGGAGCCCCUCCCUCUAAAACCACUCUGUGUGGGGACCAUGACAGCCAGACCAAAGCUCAGAGGAUGCAGCAGCAGAAACCUGAACCUGAACCCAGCUCUGUGUCCAUGAAGAGUGACUGGUCUAUGGGUCGUCCUAUUGACUUUAAAGAUGGACAAGCUGUUGAUGAAAGGAUGCAGCAGCAGAAACCUGGACCUGAACCCAGCUGUGUGUCCAUGAAGAGUGACUGGUCUAUGUAUCGUCCUAUUGACUUUAAAGAUGGACAAGCUGUUGAUGAAAGAGUUCACCAAGAGAGCUCAGAGGGCCUCGGUGGUCAGUCUGACCUGCAGCAGCAAACAGACCUGGACUCCAUAUUUAUGCUGUUGGAGGAAAGCAUCGUCACUUUUGUAAAGAAAGAGCUGAAGAAGUUUCAGAAGGUUCUGAGUCCAGAUUACCCAGAAUACUUAGAGAGUCAAAGGGAGGAUGAGAAGGUUUUGGAUGGUGAGGAUGAGGAUGAAGAACAGAGGAGAAGGAGCAGAGAGGCAUUUCUGAAGAUCACACUGCACUUCCUGAGGAGAAUGAAGCAGGAGGAGCUGGCUGACAGUCUGCAGAGCAGAAGUAAUUCUGAAGUUUGUCAGCGUAAACUCAAGUCUAACCACAAGAAAAAGUUUCAGUGUGUGUUUGAGGGGAUUGCUAAAGCAGGAAACCCAACCCUUCUGAAUCAGAUGUUCACAGAGAUCUUCAUCAUGGAGGGAGGAACUGCAGAGGUCAAUGAUGAACAUGAGGUCAGACAGAUUGAAAUAGUAUCCAGAAAACCAGACAGACCAGAAACAAUAAUCAGAUGUGAAGACAUCUUUAAAACCCCACCUGGAAGAGAAGAACCAAUCAGAACAGUGAUGACAAAGGGAGUGGCUGGCAUCGGGAAAACAGUCUUAACACAGAAGUUCACUCUGGACUGGGCUGAAGACAAAGCCAACCAGGACAUCCAGUUCAUAUUUCCAUUCACUUUCAGAGAGCUGAAUGUGCUGAAAGAGAAAAAGUACAGCUUGGUGGAUCUUGUUGAUCACUUCUUUAGUGAAACCAAAGAAGCAGGAAUCUGCAGGUUUGAAGAGUUCCAGGUUGUGUUCAUCUUUGAUGGUCUGGAUGAGUGUCGACUUCCUCUGGAUUUCCACAACACUGAGAUCCUGACUGAUAUUACAGAGUCCACCUCAGUGGAUGUGCUGCUGACAAACCUCAUCAGAGGGAAACUGCUUCCCUCUGCUCGCCUCUGGAUAACCACACGACCUGCAGCAGCCAAUCAGAUCCCUGCUGAGUGUGUUGACAUGGUGACAGAGGUCAGAGGUUUUACCGACCCACAGAAGGAGGAGUACUUCAGGAAGCAAUUCAGAGACAAGAAGCAGGCCAGCAGAAUCAUCUCCCACAUCAAGACAUCAAGAAGCCUCCACAUCAUGUGCCACAUCCCAGUCUUCUGCUGGAUCACUGCUACAGUUCUGGAGAAGGUGUUGAAGACCAGAGGGGGAGGAGAGCUGCCCAAGACCAUGACUGAGAUGUAUAUCCACUUCCUGGUGGUUCAGUCCAAACUGAAGAACAUCAAGUAUGAUGGAGGUGCUGAGACAGAUCCACACUGGAGUCCAGAGACCAGGAAGAUGAUUGAGUCUCUGGGAAAACUGGCUUUUGAGCAGCUGCAGAAAGGCAACCUGAUCUUCUAUGAAUCAGACCUGACAGAGUGUGGCAUCGAUAUCAGAGAAGCCUCAGUGUACUCAGGAGUGUUCACACAGAUCUUUAAAGAGGAGAGUGGACUGUACCAGGACAAGGUGUUCUGCUUUGUCCAUCUGAGUGUUCAGGAGUUCCUGUCUGCUCUUCAUGUCCAUCUUUCAUUCAUCAACUCUGGAGUCAACCUGCUGUCAGAAGAAGAAUCAACAUCCCGGUUGCUUAAUGCCUUCAGAGUCAAACCUAAAGUAAACUGUCUACAUCAGAGUGCUGUGGACAAAGCCUUACAGAGUCUGAAUGGACACCUGGACUUGUUCCUCCGCUUCCUCCUGGGUCUUUCACUGCAGACCAGUCAGACUCUCCUACGAGGUCUGAUGACACAGACAGGAAGUAGCUCACAGACCAAUCAGAAAACAGUUGAGUACAUCAAGACGAAAAUCAGUGAGAAUCUGUCUGCAGAGAGAAGCAUUAAUCUGUUCCACUGUCUGAAUGAACUGAAUGAUUGUUCUCUAGUGGAGGAGAUCCAACAGUCCCUGACAUCAGGAAGUCUCUCCACAGAUAAACUGUCUCCUGCUCAGUGGUCAGCUCUGGUCUUCAUCUUACUGUCAUCAGAAAAAGAUCUGGAUGUGUUUGACCUGAAGAAAUACUCUGCUUCAGAGGAGGCUCUUCUGAGGCUGCUGCCAGUGGUCAAAGCCUCCAACAAAGCUCUACUGAGUGGCUGUAACCUGUCAGAGAGAAGCUGUGAAGCUCUCUCCUCAGUUCUCAGCUCCCAGUCCUCUAGGCUGAGAGAGCUGGACCUGAGUAAUAACAACCUGCAGGAUUCAGGAGUUUAUCAUCUGUCCUCUGGAUUGAAGUGUCCACAUUGCAGACUGGAAACUCUCAGUCUCUCAGGCUGUAUGAUCUCAGAGGAAGGCUGUACUUCUUUGGCCUCAGCUUUGAGAUCCAACCCCUCUCAUCUGAGAGUGCUGGACCUGAGCUACAAUCAUCUAGGAGACUCAGGAGUGAAGCUGCUUUUUAUUUUACUGGAGGAUCCAAAUUGGAGACUGGACACUCUAAGGGUGGAACAUGGUGGACCUCAGAGACUGAGACCUGGUCUGAGGAAGUAUGUCUGUGAACUGGAACUGGACACAAACACAGCACACAGAAACCUCAAACUGUCUGACAACAACAGGAAGGUGACACGUGUGGAGGAGGAUCAGUCAUAUCCUGAUCAUCCAGACAGAUUUGACCGCUGUGUUCAGCUGCUGUGUAGAAAUGUUCUGACUGGUCGCUGUUACUGGGAGGUCGAAAGGAGAGGAGAUGUUAAUAUAUCAGUGAGUUACAGAGGAAUCAGAAGGAGAGGAGAGAGUAAACACUGUGUGUUUGGAUGGAAUGAUCAGUCCUGGAGUCUGUUCUGCUCUGAUGAAGAUGGUUACUCUGUCUGGCACAAUAACAGAAGAACAUCCAUCUCCUCCUCCUCUGUCUCUAACAGAGUAGCAGUGUAUGUGGACAUUCCUGCUGGCUCUCUGUCCUUCUACACAGUCUCCUCUGACUCACUGAUCCACCUCCACACCUUCAACACCACAUUCACUCAAGAAUGA